AUGCUUACGACGUCCGCCGUGCACCAACCAUCUCUGUACAAGAAGAGUCAGUGUGGACUCAAAACGGACGAGGACGCGAUGUACGAAGGACACCGACUGGCAGCACAGGGUGCCACACGGAAGUUGCACAUGAUGACGGACGUCAGCAUGCAAACUCACCGACGUCAUCAACUCAAGUUCGGCUUCAGUGGUGGCGUCGUUGCUACCAGAGGGCAUGUGGAAGGUGUAUUCCACCUCCUCUCGUCGACGCUCGCUGACGGCGUGCUGUAG